GUUGCUGGGCCCUGCAGGCUACUAACUGCAUUUUCUCCAACCUAUCCAUCACCAAAGGUCCCGGCGAAGGAAGAAAAGGAGAGUGACAGUCGAACUGCGAUACUUGAACCAUGGACACGAGUCAAAUUCUUACCAUCAUUGUUACCGUCAUUGUCACCCUCACGGUCACUUACGUAUGGCAAAAGGGCCUUCUGUGCUCGAUCGAUGCGAAAAGAUUCGUGGAGCAUGUAGCCGGCGGAAAACGACCUCCAGGUCGCGCUUCCGAAAGGUUCCACACUUGGAGGAUCCAAGGAAGCUACCGUGGUGAGAAUGAGUCCGGGGACGAUAUACUUAAAGCUUUGGAGAAAGCAGUAAGAGCGGAAGCAGUACAGAAAGCUGUUGUCGAGGAUGGGACCGGCUUCUAUGCGACGAUUACUUUUCCUGGGUCUUCCGUUGCAGUUCUUCCCACCUUGUCUGAGGCAUACUCCUGCGACUCUCACUUCCUUGGCGUUACUCCUUUGACGAGCGGAAGGGUGCAUGGCGGCUCGUUCGACAUAAUCGCUGUUCCCGGGUUAGCAUCUCAUCCGCUGGGGUCGUUCAAAUCGCCAAAGGGCUAUCAUGUCUGGCUUAGGGACUUCCUGUCAGAUCUUUUCCCUGAUGCAAGGGUUCUACUAUAUGGAUACGAUACAAAGUUGACGUCCAAGGAAGGAAAAUGGUCUAUCAGAGACCUCGCACGGGGGCUCUUGGAGGCUGUGAUAGCCUUUCGGGAGAGGACGAAGACGACACAACGACCUUUUGUUCUCGUCGGACACAGUCUUGGAGGAAUUAUCGCUAAGGAGGCACUUGUCAUCGCCUCGAAACACCGUGAAGAAUCUUAUCGGGAUUUCUUCAAUUCCGCAUGCGGCGUCAUGCUCUUUGGAGCACCCAACCUCGGGCUGCGACAAGACCGCCUACUGAGCCUUGUCGAAGGCCAACCGAACGAGCAGCUCAUCAGGGACCUUGUCGUGGAUAAUGAGUCUCAACCGUCGCCUUACUUCCAAGAGCUGAACGAGAAGUUCAAGCAAUGCACACCGCAGGGAGGGAACAUCCAAGUCGUCUGCUUCUAUGAGCAGCGCCUCAGUAAAGUCGUCAAGUUCAACGCGGAAGGCGCCCUUUAUCACAGCGGAGAACUCGCCCUCAUGGUACCAGAAGACUCGGCGACUUCUGGGGGCUUCUACCCCGGCGUGCCUCUCGACACCGACCACUCGGGCUUAGUAAAGUACGCCAGUGUGCAUGACCAAGUGUUCAAGAUCGUCAUGGAGAAGUUUGGGGCGAUGAUUCUUCACGCUAGGAGGAACACCACAGGCCGGAAAGAGAGUGGUCUGGAUGUUGUUCAGGACAAUGAGAGUACGGAUGAGGAGUUCGCACAUGAUGGGGGCUCGUCUCGGCGUGCUAGUGCGUGGUACGGAGGUCGGAAUAAUGUUCGCACUGGUGUCCUGCUUCAGGGAAAUCAGCGAGCCGGACGUGAUAUGACUUUCGGAUAUAGCAAACCCUGAGCCUCCGCACAGUGUUUCCUUCUUUUCGCAGA